GAUGACGUGUCGGUUGGGUUCGCGGCGGCUGGGUGGCUCGCGCGGCUCGCUGCAGGCCGGCACCGCGUGUUCCGCCGCCAGCGAGCUUGACCUCUCAUCGCGCUCGAGACGAUCACACAAGGCUAGAUUAAAAUUGCUGGGUGCUAGCGGAGAAGCGCCACUUCUGAGCGGGUGGCGCAGCACGCCCCACACGCCGCAUGCGCCUGCCACGCCCGCACCGCACCACUCGCACAACCACCUCGCUACACCGCAUUGUAACGGAACCGAUAGUGGUAGCAGAGGAGGAUUAAGACGGCGGUCGACGUAUACCAGCGGACGACUACGGUCGGGCCCGCAUUGGUCCUUCGUGUUCGACCCCGCUGGCCGUUUGUGCUAUUACUGGUCCAUGGUCGUCUCACUAGCCUUCCUUUACAACCUUUGGGUCAUCGUUUAUAGGUUCGCUUUUCAAGAAAUUAACGGGGAAACUCUCAUAGUUUGGUUUUGCUUGGAUUACUUCUCGGAUUUUCUAUACUUAGCGGACAUUCUGUUUCACUUUCGGACGGGAUACUUAGAAGAUGGCGUAUUGCAGACGGAUGCGGCAAAGCUGAGGGCACAUUACAUGAACUCGACCACAUUUUACAUCGAUUGCCUCUGCUUACUACCACUGGACUUCCUUUACCUGUCCAUUGGCUUCAAUUCUAUUCUACGCUCCUUCAGGCUCGUGAAGAUUUAUCGUUUCUGGGCAUUCAUGGACCGUACAGAGCGGCACACGAACUAUCCUAAUUUGUUUAGAUCUACAAGUUUAAUUCAUUAUUUGUUAGUGAUAUUCCAUUGGAACGGGUGCUUGUACCAUAUUAUAUAUAAAAACAAUGGGUUCGGUAGUAAAAAUUGGGUGUAUCAUGACACGGAGACUGCGGAUGUUGUGAAACAGUAUCUACAGAGCUAUUAUUGGUGCACAUUGGCGCUCACGACCAUCGGUGAUCUGCCUAGACCACGAAGCAAAGGCGAGUAUGUCUUUGUGAUUGCACAACUCCUGUUUGGUUUGCUUCUCUUUGCAACGGUGUUGGGUCACGUGGCGAACAUAGUGACCUCCGUCAGUACAGCCAGGAAGGAGUUCCAGGCAAAAUUAGAUGGUGUGAAGACUUAUAUGAGAAUGCGACGCGUGCCCAAUCACCUGCAAGUGAAGGUGAUCAAGUGGUUCGAUUACCUGUGGCUGACCCAGAAGUGUUCCGACGAAGAGAAGGCUGUUUCCUGUCUCCCUGAUAAACUUAAAGCGGAAAUUGCUAUUAAUGUGCACCUUGAUACUUUGAAGAGGGUAGAAAUAUUUCAAAAUACGGAAGCUGGAUUUCUAUGCGAGUUGGUUUUGAGGCUUCGACCAGUUCUGUUUUCGCCAGGCGAUUACAUUUGUAGAAAAGGCGAAGUCGGAAAGGAGAUGUACAUAGUGAACCGAGGCAAACUACAGGUGGUCGGUGACAACGGAAAGACAGUGUUAGCUACACUCAAAGCGGGUUCUUAUUUUGGCGAAAUUUCCAUUCUGAACAUGGGCACAGCAGGUAAACAACUUGGCAACCGGCGGACAGCGUCAGUGCGCUCCGUUGGCUACUCGGACCUGUUCGUGCUCAGCAAGAAGGACAUGUGGGACGUCCUCAAGGAGUACCCUGCCGCCAGAGUACGUCUUGAAGCAAUAGCAGUCAAGAGACUUGAAAAGUAUAAGAAAGCUCCUCUCGAAAAAGUGGCAAUGGGCCGGUGCCAGUCUACGCCAGGGCUGGUGGAGACAAGCGGACGCGUGCCCAUAGAGGAGAUGCAUCUCCCGCCCGCAUCGAUUCCCCCACCAUUUCACUCCUCACACCCGCCUUCCUACCGGGACCAGCUAUAUAGUUCUUCAGUAAGCCCCCUUCGUGUAGCGUCUCCUGUAGCUUCAUGUGCAUCUAGUGCUCGUAGCAGUGCUGCGGGUGGCGGUAGCGUGGCAGCUGGCAGCGCGCCUAGAGUUGUUCUCGACUCACACGAGGCGCUCGAGUGUGAGAUCAAGAGGCUCCGAGAACGCCUGUACACCGUGGAGACAGAAAACGCCGCGAUGUCAGCCAAAUUAAGUCAACAGCAAUGGGAAGUAGACCAGAGGUUGCAAGAGAUCGAAAUGCAGAUCUGCGGCGGCAGCUCACUGAGCUCGCAGGAGGAAAACGAGAGGAAUAGAGAGAGCAUCAUUUAACAGCGCGCCUCGCCUAUGCGUGUGCGCUUGCCCGUGCCGCCGCCGCCGCCUCGCCUGCCCGUCUGCUAAGUGAGACCGAACGAACAUUUCUAUUGCUUUCCCAUCUCGCACCGAACUCAUCGAGUACGAUGUGGACAUUAUCGAAGUGUUUUUAUGAUAAAUUAAUAUUACGGAUAAUAUUAAAAUACGAAUUAACUUUAUCAAAUUUAUAUACAUAUACUUAGUAUAUACGACUCGCUAUAAUUGACGAGUAUUCGUGGAGUGAGAUUUUGCCGAGACAAUAUUAUCUUUAAUGUUGGUUAAGUCGAAGUGUGAAGUGAAGUGAGUGAGGUCGAGCGCGGUGUAUCUGCGUUGGGAUCAGUUUAGCUCGCGUGCAGCCCUAUAGGGUCAUCGUCUUUAUAAAUUUUAGCAUUUGUAUGUUGUACAUACUAUGUUAAUAUAUAUAACUUAGCAGAAUCAUUUCGAUUCUUGCGAAAUAAUAUAUAUAUUACAUAAAAAUGUCUAUUGUCAUAUUGGUAUGUGUCACAGUUUGUAUUUUAUGACCGGUAAUUUACCAAUAUUAUAUAAAAAUUAACGAAAUAAUCUUUGUGCCAAAAUUAUUGAACUCAAACAACAAUAAAACAACUUUGUUGUAGUUUAUAGAAUGGAGCUUUAAUAAUUAUUGUAGAGUUCAUGUCUUGACCUAUAAUAUUAUAUAAUUUAUAAUCUUAAAUGAUUUCCAUUCUAGUUUAUUUAAAACAAAACGACGACGGUGUUAACAUAGGUAGUAUUUUAUUGUCAGUAAAUUUGGUAUAUAAUCUAUGUAUAUUCUUGGAAUGGUAAAUAUUAUUACAUUCUGAAGCAGUUUUUGUCCGAUACACAACAGAACAUAGGAUGUUGUAAUUUGUUACAUAAAGAUAUAUAUGUUAAGAGAUGUAGCAUAAUGGAUAGAACAUACAUCCGAUAAUUAAAAUUAAAUCACAACUGCCAGGUAAAUAUAAGUAGUUAAAAUGUUUUAAUGUAUAAAUAUUAAUCAAAAUAUUGAUGAUGUUUUGUACUUCAAUUCUUUACAUUAUCUUGUAUUCGUUUAAUUCAACGUUACCAGUAACUCUUCUACGAGAGUUUUCUUGUUGAAGGUUAGGAUCCAAUUUGAUUUUAAUCUUCUUUUUUAAUAUUAAGGUAUAUACAUAAAUAUGGAAUGUUCGUAAUUAAUCUCAAACGAACCAACGUUUAUUUAAUAUAAGUACUAAUUAAUGUUUGAAUCUAAGGAAAUUUGUAAAUACUUAUCUACGAUGCGUAUUUAUAAGCUGCUGUUUUUAAAUUGGAAAGGUUUUUUUUUGAGCCACGAGCUACACAGUUGGAUAAAGAACGUACCAUUUUGUGAAAAUAUACUUUUGUUUAAUGUAAAAAAUAAUAUUCUUAAAAAACAAUUUACGGUCCUAUAUACAUUUUCAAAUGUUUCUUUUUAUUGCAAUCAUAAUGAAUAUUUGAAAAUUAAAUCCAAUUAAAAUGAUGGUAUAAAAAUCGUAUCACCUUAUACAAUUUUUAGUAACUGUGGACGAAGAACAGUAUAUGUGUGUCACAGAUAGUUUUUAAAAUUCGAUGUUUAAAACAAUGAUAAUCAGCCAGAUUUUUGUGUAAUAAAAAAAAAAUCAUAGUUUAAUCGAACGCUUCAUUUCCUAAAUACCCAGAUUAUAAUAGAUAGGAUACAAUUUUUAAAUGUAAAUAAAAAUUUAUUUAUUGUUAUAUAUUCCAUAAAAAAAAAAUUCUUCUUAUAAUUCUCGAUUAUAAAUUGGUAAGGAGACGCAUUUUGCGAUUGAAAACGCGAGGGCUUUUUAUCUUAUUAAUAAGUAAUUAUUUAAUUAUAUCCGUAUGUAUCCGAUAAGAACUCUGUUCGUAUUGAAAACGGAGUCUUGCAUUUAUUUGAUUGUAAUCAUAAUAACUGUUUAUUCUUUGUCUUUGCAAUGAACUGGAGUUUAAAUGCAGCAUGAUGUAGUCCGACGAGGCAGGAUGUGAUUCAGAAGUAACAAGCUUGUGGAACUUAAAUUGGGAAAUCAAUUAUGUAUGCACUUGAUUAAUUUUAUUGUUAAUAAAAAGAUUACGAUAAUGCA